UAAACACUUGCAUCUCGUGGUUGCGCGUUUGGUUUGAAUAUUUACGAUCGAAGUAUUAUAAACUGGUUCGUGAAGAUUCGUACAGUUUCGGGAGCAAGCAGAAACGGUUCCUGCGCGCAAGGAUCAGCGCACACAGCAUCUACCAGGUGGACCCCAGUGCGAAUCUGUCCCUUCGCGUGACACGUAGUAGGACGCCGAAUAACAGAAAAUGCUCGUUAAUAAGUGUCAAGCGGUACUGUGCGGUCGAACCUUGUCAUGGCAAUUAAUCAAUGGACACGCGGCUCCGUGGAAAAGAUGCCUAACUGGAGCGCCAUCGGAAGAACCAAAGAAGCCGGUAGUCACAACGGAAAUACCGGGACCUCAAUCGCGUAAUUUAUUACGAGACCUCAAUACGAUACAGCAAGCCUCUUCCGUACAAUUCUUCGCGGAUUACGAAAAAUCAACAGGUAACUACAUAAUGGAUGUAGACGGGAACGCUCUUCUGGACGUGUAUAUGCAAAUUUCGUCGAUGCCUUUAGGCUACAAUCACCCGGCUAUGUUAAGAGCCCUCGCCGAUCCCGUUAAUCAGAAAAUUAUGGCCAACAGACCGGCAUUAGGCGUAUUCCCCGGAAAGGAUUGGCCGAGUAGACUAAAAAAAAACAUGCUUAAAGAAGGGGUUGCUCCCCCAGGAUUAUCUCAUCUCACAACUAUGAUGUGUGGUUCCUGUUCCAAUGAGAAUGCUUUCAAAAACAUUUUUAUUUGGUACGCUGAGAAACAAAGGGAAGGUGCCCCAUUCACAAGAGAAGAAAUGGAAAGUUGCAUGAUCAAUCAAGUACCUGGUGCACCACGGUAUUCAAUACUUUCAUUCAAAGGUGCUUUUCAUGGCAGAACAUUGGGAUCUCUCUCGACAACGCAUAGUAAAUACAUACACAAAAUAGAUAUUCCAGCUAACGUUGUCUAGCCGAAGUAUGUAUAAUUUUCACUAAAUAUAUUCACAUGGUUUCUUUGUUCUAUAUUCCACAAUUUUAAAUUCGUGUCAAUUACACAAUAUUAUAUAGUAACGUUGCUUUGUCAGGUUGAAGAACUAUUUGAAAAAUACAGAAAAGAAAAGAAAGUUCCUGUCGCUGGUGUAAUAGUGGAACCAAUUCAAUCUGAAGGAGGAGAUAACCAUGCUUCUCCUGAAUUUUUCCAAAGAUUACAACGCAUAACAAGAAAGCAUGGAGCAGCCUUAUUAAUGGACGAAGUACAAACAGGAGGAGGCGCAACUGGUAAAAUGUGGUGUCAUGAACACUUCAAUCUAGAAUCUCCGCCAGAGUUGGUGACAUUCAGUAAAAAAAUGCAACUGGGUGGUUACUACCACACGGAAGCGUUAAAACCCAAGCAAUCGUACCGUGUAUUUAACACCUGGAUGGGAGACCCUAGUAAAGUAAUACUGCUUGAAGCGGUACUAGAAACAAUACAAAAGGAGAAUCUUCUGGAUAGAGUUAAGCGUGUCGGCGAUUACACGUUGAAACAGCUUAUGAAUGUGCAAAAUGAAUUUUCUACGCUUAUUAAUUCGGUUCGUGGUCGUGGAACAUUCAUAGCAUUCAAUUGUGCUUCCCCUGAACUCCGGGACAGAAUAAUUAAGGAUCUCUUAACAAAAGGUAUCCAAACUGGUGGCUGUGGUUCUACGGCGGUGAGGUUAAGGCCCGCCUUAACGUUUACGGAAAGUCACGCGGAUGUAUUUUUAGAGGCACUCCGAUCAGUCUUGAAAAAAUAAUGAUAUAAAUAAUAUAUUAACCGUUCCGAGCUACAUUCUUCGUGAGAUUUAAAGUCAAAAGUCUUCCAUUAAGAUAAUAAAUACCAUAAGGU